GCUGCAACAAACUUUGUCUUUAUCGCUAUCACAGUGGGAAGUGUUCUAAAAUUACACCCAUAUAACCAGAUUGACAGUAUGACACACUGUGAAGAAGGUUUAAUCGUGGGCAAAGAUUUCGCCAUUUUCAAAGCCGAGGUUGAUUUAGGUAAUUCAUCUCAGGUUGCUGGUAAAACAGUCAAGGUCGAGGCUACCAUUGAUGGAGGAUCAACGUUUCAACAUCUUUGCCUCGUCAACCUAGAAGAGAGAUGCUCUAUGUAUGCCAAAGGUCACUGUUUCUGCCAGAGGGAGGAGGAGAGUAAGGUCUACCACAUCAUCAUCAACAUCUCCGCCACACACAGGUACAGCAACUCGCUGAUCCGCGGCCAUCUGAAGCAUGCGCAAGGAUCUGGCUAUGAUGUAAACACAGUUCGGAGAUUCCCAAGGAUGUACAAUAUUACAAACGUAACAUUCCUUGUGAACAGAACUCACUUGCUAGGGGAGACAACUCUAAUUUAUGACAACAACAUCAGGUUUUGCUGUCCAGACUCUCCGCGUCCUUGUACGGCAAUACUUGUUUCUGGCCAGCAAACAAUUUCCUCCAAUGAAGGAUGCGUCAGCGCCGACGUCAGUUCUCUCAAUGUCCUUGAAAACGUUUCAUUCAUUUACGACUUUUGCAAAGGCGAAAAAGUUAGGAAAAUAAUUACUGUCAGAAAACAACAAACAGGUUUGAUAUAUUUAUUUUUCAUUGCCUUUUAA